AUGCGAAAUGGUUACUGCGAUUUCGCACUCUCCAGCUCGACAAUGCCUCGCUUUGAUGAUCGCUAUGGAAACACUCGCCUCUAUGUUGGCCGCUUGUCAUCCAGAACUCGAACCAGAGACCUUGAACGUCUUUUCAGCCGAUACGGAAGAUUACGUGAUGUGGAUAUGAAGCGCGACUAUGCCUUUGUUGAAUUUAGCGAUGCUCGUGAUGCUGAUGACGCAAGGUACUACUUAGAUGGACGCGAUUUCGAUGGAAGUCGCAUCACUGUGGAGGCUUCGAGAGGGGCACCUCGUGGCUCUCGGGAUAAUGGUAGUAGAGGUCCACCUCCUGGUUCUGGCAGGGUGGAAGCUACUCCAGGUCACCAGUUAAAUCCCGCUCCCCUCGCCGCAGAAGAAGCCCAAGCCGCAGCCGUAGCCGUAGUUACAGUCGAGGUCGUAGCUACAGUAUGGAUUAAAGAUAAGAGGACAAACCGAUCACGAUCGCCCGUGAAAAGAGGAAGAAGCGUGGAGGACAGAUCACGCAGUCCGAAGGCAAUGGAGCGAUCCGUAUCUCCCAGAGGCAAAGACCGAAGCCUGAGUCCAGACCGAAGGGUCAUAGAUGCAAGCCCACAACGUGAAAAGCAAGAUGGAUCAGACUAUGAAGGUAGCCCAAAAGAGAAUGGUAAUGGCAAGAACUCUGUGAGCCCCAUUGUGAGAGGUGAAGAAAGCCCUGUUGGACUUGAUGGUCAUGACAGGAGUCCCAUUGAUGAUGAGUCUGAGCGUAUCCGUUCUUCCCCUAAAGGCAGCGAGUCACCUUGA